AUGGGCGGUGGUGGAAAAGUCCCGUACCCCAAGCAUGUCUGGUCACCAGCAGGUGGUUGGUACGCCCAACCCGGCAACUGGAGAGCAAACACCCUCGUCGCAGCCGGCAUCAUGGUCGGCAUUGUCGCCGUAACGUGGAAGUUCAGUGCCGAGAGAGAAGUAUGGGCUCGCAAACCGGAGCCUGGGGAGUGGCACCCUAGCCGACUCUGGUCAAAGCAGUUGAUUCAGUGGGAUAAUGAAGACCGGGCGAAGGAGCAGGCAAAUGCGAAGGAGUAG